AUGCAACGUGCUAGUGCUGCAGGUGUCGAAAAGAUUAUAGUGACAGGUGGAUCUGUAAGUGAAAGCGAAGAAGCUUUUAAGUUAUCAAAAGAUUAUGAUAAUCUUUUUUCAACUGUUGGUUGUCAUCCAACACGAUCCAACGAAUUUGACGAAGAUCCGAAAGGUCCUGAUCAUUAUUACCAAAAACUUUUAAAUCUUGCAAAUAACGAAGAUUCUAAAGGAAAGAUUGUGGCAAUUGGUGAAUGUGGACUUGAUUAUGAUCGAUUAAAUUUUUGUUCUAAAGAAGUUCAACUAAAAUAUUUUGAAAAACAAUUUGAUCUUGCAGAGAAAACUGGUCUUCCGAUGUUUCUUCAUAAUAGAAAUACUGGAAAUGAUUUUAUGGAUAUCCUUUGA